UUCUGUUGCUAUUCUAAGGCUAUCCUAGGGCAAUUACUGGUAUCAAAGAAUGAGCCCAUCUGAGACCUUUCUUGGAAAUGCCAGCCGCAGAGGGAAACAGCUGGAAUGGUGACCGUGUUUAACGGGGUGUUUGUGUGGUCAGGAAAGAGGUGCCUGGACCUGCCACCCUGGCAGACCAGAGCCAGCCAGCCCGUUUUCCCCCUGGAGGCUUCUGCGGGCUUUCCUCUCCUGCUUUGGAAGUUCUCUUUGAGUUGGCCUCAGGGACAUGCCAGGUUAACGUCCUCCCCUUGGUGGUACCGGGGAGAGGAAGCAGAUAUUUUGGACGCCGAUGAUUUGCCAGUGUCUCCCUAGGCAGCUGCUCGCUGCAGCCGACGGUUGUGGACAUAGAGGCUAAGGAGAGCUCAUCAAUCUGCCUCAGGCCUUGCAGCUGGAAAAGGAAGGAUGCAGAUCCAUGUGGUCGGAAUAAGAAAUCCCUGUUUUAGCCCUCGCAUGCUGUCCGGGGCUGGCCGGCUUGGCUCCUGAGCCCAGGCUGUCGGGGGGGGCAUCGAGUGGUCUCUGCUCUGCAGCUCCCAUGCUGCCCUGUGGGGGUCCGGGCUCAGGCGACUCUCCGCUCUCGUGAGGUGAGGCUGUCCUCUGGUCUCGGAGACUCUGGCCUGACCCCCUGGCUGCUUGGGGUGGGGAUGGGGCCUCAGGCCCAGCCUUGAGGGUCUGCGCACAUCCGACGUCUGCGGAAGUAAGUCCCCAGCUGUCCACAGAAAUCUGCCGCGUUCCUUCACAGCCGUGGCCAGGAGAGUCCCAUACGACCUCCCGACAGCCCGACAGCUGUCCGUGGAAGGGCAGAGGUCAUGGCUUCUGGCUUCUCGGACCUGAGGCUCCAGCGGAGGAAAUGACCGGCAGGGACCUUGCUCCACGCCUGUUACGGACACUGAACCUUCGCAGGGCACGAGCUUGCCCAGCACAGGAACGUCUCUCUCUCUGAAGGGCUUUACAGUUGCCACAAAGACCGUGAAGAUGGCGACUUCGUCUAUCAGACGGCAAAUGAAAAACAUUGUGAACAAUUACUCGGAAGCUGAAAUAAAAGUGCGGGAAGCCACCUCCAAUGACCCGUGGGGCCCGUCCAGCUCCCUGAUGACCGAGAUCGCCGACCUGACCUACAACGUGGCGGCCUUCUCGGAGAUCAUGAGCAUGGUGUGGAAACGCCUCAACGACCACGGCAAGAACUGGCGGCACGUGUAUAAGGCGCUCACGCUGCUGGACUACCUUAUCAAGACGGGCUCCGAGCGCGUGGCCCAGCAGUGCCGCGAGAACCUCUUCGCCGUCCAGACGCUGAAGGACUUCCAGUACAUCGACCGCGACGGCAAGGACCAGGGCAUCAACGUGCGCGAGAAGUCCAAGCAGCUGGUGGCCCUCCUCAAGGACGAGGAGCGGCUGAAGGCUGAGAGGGCCCAGGCUCUCAAAACCAAAGAGCGCAUGGCCCAGGUCGCCACGGGCAUGGGCAGCAACCAGAUCACCUUCGGCCGCGGCUCCAGCCAGCCCAACCUCUCCACCAGCUACUCGGAGCAGGAGUAUGGCAAGGCCGGGGGGUCGCCGGCUUCCUACCACGGCUCGCCCGAGGCCUCGCUGUGUCCCCAGCACCGCGCAGGGGCCCUGCUGGGUCAGAGCGAGGAGCUGCAGCCGCUGAGCCAGCGCCACCCCUUCCUGCCGCACCUGGGGCUGGCCUCCCGCCCAAAUGGCGACUGGUCCCAGCCCUGCCUCACUUGUGACCGCGCAGCCCGAGCCACUUCCCCGAGGGUGUCCUCCGAGCUGGAACAGGCCCGGCCGCAGACGAGCGGAGAGGAAGAGCUGCAGCUUCAGUUGGCACUUGCCAUGAGCCGAGAGGUAGCUGAGCAGGUUGGUGCCAGGCAGGAAGAACGCCUCAGGCGGGGUGACGACCUCAGAUUACAGAUGGCCCUAGAAGAAAGCCGAAGAGACACGGUUAAGGUUCCAAAACAGAAGGAGCAUGGCUCCCACCCACAGCAGACCACUCUGUUGGAUUUAAUGGACGCCCUCCCCAGCUCAGGCCCUGCUGCCCAGAAAGCAGAGCCCUGGGGCCGGUCAGCCUCAGCUAACCAGACAAACCCUUGGGGCGGGCCGGCGGCCGCAGCCAGCACUUCAGACCCCUGGCCACCGUUCGCUCGGUUCCCUGGAUGUUUGCUGAAGUGUACCAAAUGCCAGGCUCUGUCCUGCUAUCCAGGGACCCAGACACAAACAGGUGCCAAGCCAGCUGCCUCCGUGGACCCAUGGGGCGUGCCCACUGGCACUGGCACGUACGCCGGGCCCAAGGGCUCAGACCCCUGGGUGGCCCCGCAGCAGCCUGCCCCCAGUGCCGGGAAAACAGCGGAUGCUUGGGCCGCAGCCUCAGCCGCCAAGCCCGUCUCGUCCUCUGGGGCCUUUGAUCUCUUCAGUAAUUUGAAUGGUACAAUUAAAGAUGACUUUUCUGAAUUUGACAACCUCCGGACUUCAAAAAAAACAGCUGAGGCCGUGGCCUCGCCACCGUCCCAAAACAACGGAACUACAAGCCCCGACCCCUUUGAGUGCCAGCCCCUGACCGCCGCCUCAAGCAAGCCCAGCAGCGCCCGGAAAACACCCGAGUCCUUCCUGGGCCCCAACGCGGCCCUGGUCAACCUGGACUCGCUGGUGACCAGGCCAGCCCCGCCGGCCCAGUCUCUCAACCCUUUCUUGGCACCAGGUGCAGCCGCCGCCUCGGCCCCUGUCAACCCCUUCCAGGUGAACCAGCCCCAGCCGCUGACGCUGAACCAGCUGCGGGGGAGCCCCGUCCUGGGGACCAGCACAUCCUUUGGGCCUAGCCCAGGUGUGGAGCCCAUGGCUGUGGCCUCCAUGACCUCCACGGCCCCACACCCGACCCUGGGGGCCAGCAGUUCCUCCCUGACGCCGCUGGGCCCCGCCUCGAUGAACAUGGUGGGCAGCGUGGGCAUCCCCCCCUCGGCAGCUCAGGCGGCUGGCACAACCAACCCUUUCCUUCUCUAGUGCCCGGGCCUGGGACCCACCACAGAGCGAAUGCCCAGAGCCUCUGUGCCUGAGGACGCCGAGCAGGGACUCUCGAUUGUGGACUGGUGUCCAAGAGUGGGGGUGGGGGGUGGGGGGAUGUUAGGGCUUCCCGGUCCCGGCUUCCUGAUAAAAGGGUUGUCUUCCCAGCCCCGACCCUCAGACUCCAGCGGCGGCAGGCCUGCUAGACGUCAGACACAGCACGUGGGUCUCCGCGCCUUCCGAGGCUGCCCGCCCGCCUGUCCCCAGCCCACCGCCCGCUGCCCGCGGGAGGGGCCCGACCCGGCCUGGUGGCCUCCCCGCUUCCUCCCGAGCGCAGAGGUCCUGGUCCUGCAGAUUGGCCAGCUCUCUGGCGCCUGGGAUGAGGCGGGAGUCCUCAGUGUCGCCGUCGCCCUCGCCCUGAGCCUCAGCCUGAGGGCCUCUGGGACGCCGCCUGGCCCCCCCCGCCGACCCCCAGCCCUAGCGACACCCCAGGCGGUCCCAGGUGUGGACAGAAUGAAGCACCGACUUCACGAGACGCUGAUCUUUUCGGGGAAGUGGUUGUGCAUAUUUUAUUUUUCUUUGACUCGUGUGUGAGUUCAAAGUAACCACCACCACCGUGGAACAACUCUUGAAUUAAAUCCACUAGAGCAAGCUUUAAACUAAUCUGAGCAUAACCCUGCCACGUGGCUCUAUGCUUAUGUACGUUUGCACAUGAUUUGUUUAGUACAGUUUCAUAUUUGAGUUUGCAGAAUUAUCUAAUAGUCUUUUUUUGGCUAAUAUUUUUAUAACGUGGUUCUUAUUUAACUGUCUAGUUUUGAUAGAAUUUACCAGGUCUGGCUGAAUUAAGAUAUUGGCACGUGUCAUGUGAGUGGUUUAAACCCUCUUAUUUAUGGUUUAACUCUAAGGAAAUUUAAAUAGGAAGAGACAAAAAAAAUGCCUUAUAAAAAAAAACUAAAGCAAAUUCUUUAUAGGGAAAAAUACGGGAAUUUGAUUACAUAGAAAAGAUGAUGUUUAUUUAAAAAAAAAAAAACCUACAACAGCAACAACAACAAAAACCCAGCCUCCAGUUGCCUCUUCCUUUCUUUUACUCCCUGUUUUGGUGACUUACCAAACGGAUUGACCUGCAGCCUUUUGGGUUAGAUCCAGAGAGAGGCUAUUUUUCUUACUGCUGUACCAACAGCAAGUUAAAGAAAAAAAAAAUCUAAUGGAUGAAUGUGACUCACCGGUUUUUAUCAGCCAAUUCCCUUUUGUAACUGAAGGCAUGCACCGAUCAACAAGGACUUCCGCUUCCGGUGGAAAUCUGAAACGGAAGAGGCAUCUUGAAAUUUGUGUGUCUGUGAUCUCCUCUGUCUUAAUCCGCACUCAGGGUAAGGAUGGGGAUGGCGUGGAGACGGCAUCUGGGGGCUCCCCAGGGACGGCCUCCAGGCCAAGACGGGUGAGCGGCCAGGGCUGGCCCUGACCCACCCACCUGCUGACUCCAGACACACACUGCAGACUUCAAAAUGAUCAUCUCUUGUUUUGGAGAGGCAGGAAAAAUAGUCAUUCUCACAUGGAUUUUUAACAAACAGGCCCUAAUAUUACCUCCCUCUCCCAACUUCCUCCUCUCCUCUUGCCCCACCCACCACUAGAAGAAAAGUAUGAAUUCACAUAAGGGAAAGACCAGAAAAGAGGCAAAUCUCCCCAGGGAAGGGAACCCCACCCCCCACCCCCCACCCCCCUAUCCUGCGUCCGGUCAGUUCACCUUGCCUGGUGGGCGCUCCGGUCUUGCUUUCCACUGUGGACUUCUUCCCCCUCUCUGGCCCCCCCUCAACUCCAAGGGCAGCCGACCCCCUGGUGUUCCUCCACCCCAUCCCCUCGCCCCGCUCCCGGGGGAAACUAUCGUGAGCAGGGCACAGGCCUGGAGGGGAGCAGGCAGAGUCCGAACAGCCUUCUCCCGCCUCUCCCGUUGCCUAAUUUUAAAAGCUCACCCGUGCUGCUCCCCAAGGCUGUCCCCCUGGAGGAGCCACCGCCGGAGCUCCUGACCGGCCAUGCCUCCGCCAGAGCCGGAGACCUGGGGCUGGACUGUGGACUCCCGCCCGCUCUGGCCUCCUCCGACCUGGGCGAGGGUGAGACAGGCUGGGGCCCCGGCAGGUCGCUCCCCCGGGGAGGUGCUUUCACUCACAUGGUGCGGGCCUGGACCCCUGCACAGGCCAGUAGACCAAACCUGACUACUGGGUCAGUGAUUCUUUUAUAACAGUCACGAGCUCUUCCUGACUUGACUUUGAGGCCCCAACAUUCUAGCCACUGGGCCGCCGAGGCCCCAGAAGACCCCCCGCACCCCCUUCCCGCUCCCCACCCCGCCGCCCCAGCCCAGGCCCGUCCCAGGCGCCUUGUCUCUGUCGCCUGCUGCACUGAUCAUGAAGCCACCGGCCACUGCCACCCCUGUAAUGCUCCCUCCCGAUGGGCACUGUGGUAGGGGGGUCGCCCAGCCGUUUCCUCAGUCCCAGGGGCCGGUGGCUGGUUUUGAACUUGUGUUGACUAUUGAUACUUAUUUACUGUACAAAUAUAAUUUAUCAUUUGUAUCAUGA